AUGAAAGACAAGGAUAAAGUUGCAAGUUUAAAAUCGGAAAGUGAAUUGCACUUGCGCAAAGCCGAAGUAUUUUUGAAAAAGUGUAGUAGUUCAAAAAAGGAAGACGAAAAUGUGAAUGAAAACAAAUUAUCUAUUUGCUUCGAUUUUCAAAAGAAUCUGCCAUUGCCGGUCACUCAUGUAACUGAUGAAUAUUAUCUCAAGGAAUUAUGGCUUCAUAAUUUUGGUAUACAUAACUUAAAAGAAAACUCAGCAACUAUGUACUUGUUUACGGAAAAUUAUGCACAUAAAGGGCCGAAUGAAGUAAUAACUGCUUUGGAUGAUUAUUUUUUAUACCAUAAAAUCCCAGAUCAGACACAUUUAGAAAUACUUAGUGAUAAUGGUUUCAGUCAAAAUAAAAACAGAUUUAUUUUUACGUAUUUUGAUCAAUUGUCUGCGAAAGGCUUGUUUAAAACAAUUUCUGUAAACUAUCCAAUUCGUGGGCAUUCAAUGAUGUCCACUGAUAGAGAUUUUGCUCUCAUAGAAAGACAAAAUUAA